UUACGUAGUGAGUCGCUACGCAACUCAACGUGUCCCUGUUCUGUUGACUGGGAAACCCCUAGCGCGGAGCUGCCAACGCCCGGCGUAAAGACACAAAUAGAGGAUACGAUCUUGAAUGAGUAGCAAAGACUGUAACACACAGCUAUGCAGACCAUUAAGUGUGUUGUAGUUGGUGAUGGUGCUGUGGGUAAAACCUGCCUGCUCAUCUCUUACACCACAAACAAGUUUCCCUCUGAAUAUGUACCUACGGUGUUUGAUAACUAUGCUGUAACUGUAAUGAUUGGAGGUGAGCCCUACACUCUGGGCUUGUUUGAUACAGCAGGUCAGGAAGAUUACGACAGGUUACGACCUCUGAGUUAUCCCCAGACAGAUGUCUUCCUCGUCUGUUUCUCUGUCGUGUCCCCAUCCUCCUUUGAAAAUGUCAAAGAAAAGUGGGUUCCCGAGAUCACCCACCACUGUCCAAAGACGCCCUUCCUUCUAGUUGGGACUCAGAUCGACUUGCGAGAUGAUCCCUCCACUAUAGAGAAGCUGGCUAAGAACAAGCAAAAGCCCAUUACUCCGGAGACAGCCGAGAAGCUGGCAAGAGAUCUCAAGGCUGUGAAAUAUGUGGAGUGCUCAGCCCUCACACAGCGAGGGCUGAAGAAUGUUUUUGACGAAGCUAUCCUAGCUGCCCUAGAGCCUCCUGAGACGCAAAGAAAGAGGAAAUGUUGUUUAUUUUAAACUUUCUGUGCCACAUCGCUCAUGUCUUCUUCCUGUCAUUGCUGUUUAUCCAUUUUUCAUUCCCUUACUCCACUUCUCUCCUCCUUCCCAUUUUCUCUCUCUCUCUCUCUGCAUUUGCUGCUUAAAACUCUCAUCUGUCUCAAUCUCAGCCAUCUAUUAACAGAUCCACCAGUUUGAUACUCAGACGGCUUCUCUACUCUGCAUUAAGAUUGCGUUUCUCAUCUUUGUUCUGUGGCUUGUUAAACUAACCAGAGGCCUUUCUGCACUUAAAAAUACUUGUUGCCUUUUCUAAUUUGGUUUACUUGGCAUCAUAUCGUCAUAUUUUUCUUCUGGAUUAGUGUUACCACCUGCAGCAUUUCACAUCCUAAUUCUUGGACCACUCUGUGUCUUAAACUGUUUUCACACAUGAACUCUGGACAGUCAAACACAGUUGUCCUUUCUGGAAGGAUAAAUUCUGCACACAGAUACCUCCUUCAUUCUAACAUGGACUUAAACGCCACCACGCCUCUGAAUUGAACUCAUUCUAAAAGAUGAGAUUAAACAUUAUUGUGUGUGUGUUUAAGAGCCACUGAAAAUUGAUCGCAGUCAGUGACCACAUUUUUUUUAAACGUGUCACUUUCUGUAGUUUAUAGUGCUCCAGACACAUAAUGUUAGGGUGCUGAAUGUAGUAGCACCAGCAGUCUUCUUUCCUUUUUAAAAUACGAAUGGAAAAAGAAUAGAGCAAAACUAGCUAUAAAAUACAAACUGUAAGAACUCACACAUCUGUGCAGUGCUGUUUACUCACUGCUGUCUGUAGGCUGUUGACACAGUCUGCAGACAACUUUCCACUCUCUACGUCAGAGUGCUACAGGUCAUCUGUUUUACUUUCCACAUUGUUUGUUUGUAAUUUCAAAUUAAAGAGAAAGCAGAAAUAAGCCUAACACCAAUAUUAAAAUCAUACAAUAAUAAAAUGUGAAUAAAUAGCACAGCAAGAGCAGCAGCUGUGUACAUUGACAGUCAUUCACACACUGUGUUGAAACAGCCGGGUCGGUAAAGCUGGUUCAUUGUGACACCGUCUGAAAGGUUCGUGUGUGAAAACGUCUUGAGUUUAGCUUAUUAACAAGACCUGUGUCUAACAAUAGGUGGCUAGUGUCUAGAAGGAUACAUCCUUUGUUUGGGAUAGUCCUCGAUUCUUUGUGAGCUCUGUGUGAGUAGUAGUCGGUGUGAAGGUGGUGGCUUUACAGGCUGAGAUUGAGCUUACACUCAACAGAGCUUCCAUUUCUAAUGCUAAAGUAUUUUUUAUACUUCUACAGUUAUGUUUAAUUUAUCAGAAUCUGAAGUGUGACUGUGGUUUCUCACGCAGGGCUUUUAACUGCUCAAGUCACCUAUGGGAGUGUCUGACCUCAGCAGACAUUGCUUUGUGCUGGUGUCAUGGUACUGUCAUUGAUCUAUUUUAUAGCUAAGCCACACUUGAUGAUACUUGCAAGCCGUGUUUAGUGACUUAUUUCGCUUUCUCUACAUAUAACAUCAGUGUGCCAUUACCUGUGGUACAGAUUGUGUUGUAUUAGAAGUCUAUAUAAUAAUAAAAGCUAUAAUUGUGUGAAAUGACUUGUGAACUGAAUUAAUAAAGGACAACUUAACUUGCGCUCAUCUGGCUUCCGUCUUUUUUCAGUGCCGUGUCUAGUAGCUUGGUCAGCUGAGAUAGGCAACGCAGUGCAGCUCUGGUUACCUCACAUGACUGAGCUCAUGACGUAAGCAGUUCUGCUCGGGUUAAUACAGAGGUUCCCCUCUUGCGCUCGGCAAGUGCUUGAUUGUGGUCAUGUGUUUGGAACAUGAACCAGUGAAGUCAAGAAAAAGUUCUUGUUUGCCGUUGUAAUGUCAAGGGUUAUGUCCUGUUUUUCCUCCACUUGCUUGUUUGACUUGCCUUUGAUUUCGGCUGUCUCAGGUCAGCUGCACUUUUCAGACAUGCAUGUGAUUUGUGUUGUUGACACUUAAUCCCUGAUCUGGCUUACACAACUGAAAGUACCACAAGACAUCGUUUCCCACACAGACUUUACUUGGGAGGGUACUCCAGGGAUGCUGAUGGCUAACUAAGUUUAGUGUGUAACUUAUUUUUUAUUUACAGUUUGAUCGAUUUAGUCACUGCUAAGCAUGUAGACUAAUAAUAUAAAUUCUGUAAUGCAAUUGUUUGGUUCUGCAGUCAGAUAAACUCCAACUAAACUAUGCUGGACUGCAGCUGGUCAAAGUAGACUUUAUUCUACUUAAAAGAUGUGCUUUAAGGCCACUCUAACCUGACCUCACAGCAAGAUGUAGCUCACUGAGACCACAGAGCAAAACAAGGACUACAGUCAGCAGCUCUGCACAGGAUCAGGAGUUUAAUGUAGAGGCAGCAAUUUUUGCGUAUUAUUGUCACAGAGAAUGUGUGCUAUUAUUUGUUAAAUUAUUUUAAAAAGCACGGGUGCACCUCCUGUGUCAUUUGUCUGAUUCUGUGGGAAACACUACAUGACAGUCUCCUGACUUGUUCAUUGCAGAUCCUACUUGGAAAUUUUAUGUUGUUUUAUCUUUUUCUUUGCAAUCCCACCAGCUUCCCCUCUUUCUUAUGAAACCCCUCUGAAUUACCUUCAGUGUGUUUUGAUUUUUCACUGCCCCCCCCCCGUUGAAGCCAUUUCUGCC